ACUUAUACAAAAUCAUGGAAAAGAAACACACAUAAUAAACAACAAUUAACUUGUGCAGUAGCAGGGUUUUGUUUAUUUAUUAAGCUUCCAUCCUCCUCGUGCGUAUCGUGAGGAGGCUCUUCUUAAACUCUCUCUUCAACUUAAGAUCCUCUCUGCAACUUCUUCAAAAGUACAGCAGCUGAAAGAGUGAGGAAGAUGACAAACAAAUCCCCAAUAUUUCCAAUACCACAGCACCCCCAUCACUUCAGUGACUAUGGAUUCGAUCCUCAGAUGGAUUACUUACAGGUACUAGAAGAAGCAAAGAAACAUAAAAAAGAGAAAUUUCUUCCAUCAUCGUCAACAACAACAUCAAGAUCUGUAGAGUCCUUACACUUCAAAUUACAGAAACCCAUAUCAAAAGAAGAAUCAAAGAAGAAGAAACAAAAGUCCAAAUGGUGGAAAAAUGCGUUGUUGUUCUGUAAAAAGAAAUGGGUUUAUCAGAAUGAUAAGGUCGUUGAUCAUCAUUUUGGUACUGAUAAAAACAAUUACAUGAAGAGUAAUCAAGGUAGUAGUAGUAAUUACAGAGGUACAAUAUCAGGACCAAUUUACAUUACUGAAAGUAGAAGCGGAUCAAGUACACCAUGUCGUUCAACAUCAGGUCCAUUAUCAUCAUCAUCAGCAGCAUGGACGUUGAUACCAGCAACCAAGAAUGAAGUUCCUUACUUGAAUCUAAGAGAAAUGAAUUUAGAUCAGCAUCAUAGAAUUUCUACCACUACUAAUCCAAUGCCAAUCUAUUUAGUUACUUAACUAAUUAGAUCUUCUUUUCUUUGUUAAUGGAAUUUCACUAAAUCAGGGGAAGUUUGUCGAAUUUUCUUUUAGGUUGUUGUUUUUAUUAGGUUUUGAUUUACUGUUUGCAGCUCAACUUGUUGUUUGACACAAGUACUCUGUAUCUGUCAGUCAGCUUCAUAAUGAAAUCAGAAAUUGUGUCAA